AUGAAGGAGCUUCUCAACACAUGGGCUCCUUCUGACACCACCUCUGGCAAAUGGUCGCCUUACUAUUGCAAGCUUUUUGCUGACAUCCACUCCUUCCCUCCCGCUACUGUUUGUGGUGCCCAGUCCUACAAAACUGCCAGUUGUGGUCUUCAAGCCUUCAACCGAGCUGCUCAGGACCAUGUUUGCUCUUUCCGCUGCAUGAUACGAGUCUACAAUCUCCCGUUUGUCAACCUCAACUAUUGUACUUGGUUCCCUGCCCUCCCUGCCAAAUCUGUUUUGCAUACUUUACCUGCUGUUAUGCACCCUGCUCCUCUCCCUGUCCCUGGUCUUGGCUCCAAUGAUGGUUCAAGAGCAGACUCCAGUGUUGCAUCUCCAACAGUUCGCGUUUGUCGCCCUGCCAAUCGCAAUGCCGCAUCAGGUGUUUCAAGGGUGAGUUCUGCAUUUGGGGCACUGGACUUGUCUCACGGAUGA